AUGAAUGAAUCAAGAAGAACCAGAUUCAGUUUCUUCAUCAUCUUCUUGAUCUCUGGUGGUCUUUUACUAGUAGCUUCAGAUGAUGGUGUGGCCAAGAAAGAAGAGAAUCAGUCACUUGUAAAGAUAAUAUGUGGGAUCUUCAGCAAGAAAUUUCCUCCCAGUUCUUGGGAAUUGAUUCAAGGUGCAAUGCAGAAGAUUCAAACGAAGCUUUACCCUCCAAAUCUAGAAAGCAACAGAGACAAAAACAACAAGGACAAAGAAGGAGAAGACAAAGGAGAAGAUAAAGUGAAAGAGGCGGCCACAAGGAGCCUUGAAGUAAGCAAAGAAGCCAUUGAAGAAUCAGCAAAACUAGCAGGAGGUGUCAUAGGAGAAGUAGUUCAAAAAAACAGCUGA